GUCCAGGGCAUGUCAUUCAUCGCUGCUGUGCUCAUCCUUAACCUGGAGGAGGCCGAAGCCUUCAUCACCUUCGCCAACCUGCUCAAUAAACCCUGUCAGAUGGCCUUCUUCAGAGUCGACCACGAGCUGAUGUUGAAGUAUUUUGCAGCCUUUGAGGUUUUCUUUGAGGAGAAUCUGCCUCGUCUCUUCAGCCACUUCCAAACCAACAACCUGACCCCCGACCUCUAUCUCAUCGACUGGAUCUUCACUCUGUACAGUAAGUCCCUCCCUCUGGACGUGGCGUGUCGGGUGUGGGACGUCUUCUGCCGGGACGGAGAAGAGAGCUUGUUUCGGACGGGACUGGGUAUCCUGCGUCUGUUCGAGGAUGUCCUGCUCCAGAUGGACUUCAUCCACAUCGCUCAGUUCCUAACCCGCCUGCCGGAGGACCUGCAGUCACACACACUCUUCACCGCCAUGGCCAACACGCACAUGAUCAGCAGAAACCGCCGCUGGGCUCAGGUGUUUUCUGCAUUGAUGAAAGAUGGAAAUAAAGAGAUGGACAAAAACAACAGCCCGGCUUUGAGAAGCUAACACUAGCUAACCUUGACGCUAAUGCCAACAUUCUUCAAACUUGAACUCAGCGGAGGCUAGCUGUGAAGCUUGAAGCUACGUAGCCCAAAGCUCUCACUCCAGAGGCUUAGCUGCGGAGCUUGAAGUGAGCACGAGCCAGCCAGGAAGAUGGGAGCUGACGUCAUAUGCUGAACGAGCCUCCAACAAACACGAGCUGAGCUGAGAUGAGACGAGAUGUGCAGGAGAAGGAAGAAGCGGCUCUGGCGUUUCCCGAAAUCUGUGUUGGAACCACAACGGGAAACCAGAGCGGUUGGUUACUUUCUAAACUCUAACAGCCAUUGUCAGUAUUUCACCAGACAGAUUACACUUUUGGAGAAGCAACUGGUUGUUUCUGCAGCAGUGUCACUAUUGUAUUGUACCAGCCUACCAAGACUGGAAAAUUCAAACUGACUUUCAGAUCACAUUAUGUGUUAUAUCCCCAGGCCAGCUGGGAGGGAAAGCCCAAACGGUUUGUGGCAAUUCCGCCUCCAUGUUGGGUCACAAACACCACUAACACUGAGCAUUACGCCCUGUGUAAUUCUCAAAGACUCAAAUUCUAAUUUUCGGUGCUAAUGAUUUUCUAAAAGUUUCAAAAAAAAAAGAAAAAAAAAAAGACCCCUGUGGUUUAAAUAUUAAUGUAGGGUCCUUGUGGUUUUGACUUCACACUAUUAUUCAUUUGCUGCAUUUUUAGCUUGAACCAGGCCUCUGGAUCUAAAACUGGUGGGAAUCUGUAGUAGCAUGGCUGAUGCUAAUGUCCCUGGUUGCAGCUGAGAAAUCAGCCUCCCCUCCUAGCUUAUCAUAUUUUCACAUAUUGACAAAAGAACAAACAAACAAUGGGACGUUUGGAAGCAAAACUCGAGGGGGAAAAAGUGCGCGGACAUAAUAAUUUUGUACAUUGUAGUCUAUCUAAUCAUUACGUAGGACUCAAAUAAUAAUACACAUCUCAUUAGUGAUCCUAAUUAAGUUCAUGCAGACUGUGAGUAAUUAUUUUGUGGUUUUUAUGUUUUAUAGGAAAUUAUUACACGGUCCGCUGGGCUCAAGAAGUCUUUUCUACAUGUAUUAAAUAAUUUCAAAUGUUAUCCUGAAUACAAAAAUGGGACGGUGAAUAUCGAAGUUCACCGUCACUGCUGGUGUUUAACCGGGCAGAUUAUUUUUAGAUGUUUUAGAGUAAAAAAUAAAACAUCUGGUCUGUAUCCCGUUUACCACAGUUGGCGACUCGUCAACAUGAAUUCAUGAAAUGUGGAUUCAUAUCCAAAUGGUCAAAAUUCUCCGUACAAAUCUUUACUGAGCCAACAGUAAAUGAAGAUGUGUGUAAAUGUAGAAGUGUGGGGCCAUCGCAGUUCUCAAUCAGUGUUUCAGAGAUUUACACUCAGAGCACUUUAGAAAUGCAGCACUGAAGCUACAUCACGAACACUGGCUGCCAGAGGUGCAAAAUACUUUCAAACCAAAUUAAGGGGCAUUAAGUGACUCGUUGUCCGUCAGUGGUUAGAGGGAAUUAAACUAGACUGCCAUGGUUUCCAGUUAGGGUAGAUUAGAUAACACAUAGGCAUCACGCAGAACGCAGCAACAAUACUGGCUUGGCUUUCAGCUUUUACUAGUUUCUGCUUGAGAAUGAAGCUUUUUAUUCGUGGCAUUCUUCUCGCUCGUUUCAUCGUCUGUGAAAAUGCAAAAAGAAACUUCAGCAACAGACUGAAAUUUUAAUCACUGAACAGCUCUCGUACACACAGCAUUUCCAUAUGAGGAAAUAAAAAGUUUAGUAUUAUUCCCGUGGGAGAUUGCUUAUAUACUUGAUUCUAACACCAGAAUAUCUUCCUCUAGAACUUCAGAUUGUGACUAAAGGUAACUCCUCCCAUGUUUCCUCUGUUGUUAUGUUCUGUUGACAGUCUGCUGACUUUAUUUCACGUCCUAAUAUGCUGCCCCCACUGUUUAUUGGCGUAACUGCAAAGUUAAAGUAAUUAGCCAAUUUAAUUAAUUAACUAACAGCUAUUUUUAAUAAUUACACAAACAUUCUCUGAAUCCAGCUUCUUAAAUGUUUUUCUGCUUCUGUUUAUAUUAUAUUAUUGUAAAAUGAAUUUUACACUGCUAGAUGGAUAAAACAUAUCCAGACAUCAUGCUGGGUUCACAUUCACAGAAAAUUGUUCCAUUAAUUGAGAAAACUGCCAAAUCUAAUGAUAAUGAAAAUAAUAAGUUUUAUGCGGUCAUUUUAUGAUGUGGUCAUUGAAAGCAACAAAGAUCAGCCUGUGUUGAAGCCCCGAGUGAUUCCCUGUAUGAGUGAUCUCAAUCUGGAUUAUAAUCCAGUAAACACAGUAUGUCGCCCUGUCAGGGCCUGUUGUGGCCUGUUGAAGUGCUUUACGUCACCUCUGUCUCUGUCUCUGUCUCUUUGUGUUUUAACACUCCUUUGAUUUACACACACUAUAAAUGUAACCUUGACCUGCAUUUCAUCCCUACCUCUUGAUAACACACACACACACACACACACAACUAAUGAUACUUUCCACUUAACCACCAGCAGAUGCGCGGGCCUUAUAAAUGUGGACCAACAGCCGCUUUGUAGUGUUAAAGCAGAAACCUCACUGUAGACAGCGGGCAACCCUGGAGGAAGAGAGAGGAAGAGGAGGUGGUAGAAAGAAACAAGAGACACAAGGGGAGACACAAAGUGCACAGCUCAAAAAAAUCAAAAGGAUUUUUAUGUAUGUUUUAAGCUUCACCCCCCCUUAUUUAAUGAAACUAGUUAUCGAUGCCAUUUCUCUUUCCUGUCCACAAUAAUUACCCAGUUCUUUUAUUAUUUUAACACACCAUCACACACACUGCAGUAGAAAAGAGCAACAGGACAGCGAGCGAUUGCUGUCGCUGUUGUGUAGAGCCAUAAAAUGGAAACUGACAGUACUUUGAGAAGAGUUUGAGCGAAGACAGCGAGCGUCAGAACGAUCGAUGAGGAGAGACAGUUAGACCUUUUCCUCCAGGUUGCUUCUUCUCUGGUGAUUUUUUCUGCAUCGUACCAGUGUUACACACCAAAUGACUCCAUAAGUAGGGGUUUGUUGUACAUGAACCGACCAGAAGCCAGUAUGCAAGAGUACAAGAUGACAAACUAGUUGGUAUCAGUGUUGUUUUAGGGGGAGAAACUCACCAUCCAGCUGUAUUGUAUGUGUUUGUAUGAACUGCCAAACGCUGUGUUCAUUGUAGAAGUGCUGUAGAUUCAGUGGAGGUGAUACAUAACUAAAAGUCUUAUUUUACACUAAAUGUAAAAUGUAAUCUGUCUCAGCCAUUUAGGAAGUUAACUGAGGAAGUUGACUAAAGUGUUAAUGGAGCACUUAGCAAUAAAGAUAGAGACUGGGAAUUAAUUCAGGUUAUAAAUAAAUUUUUCCCAGAUGGUCAGUAAUUACAGCCAUUCCAAGCAGUAUGAUUUCAUACAGUUACAGUCCCAUUAACUCUAAAGUCACAUAAUAAAAACAUGCAUCACCCAACGCAUGUUCUUCAAGUCUACGGACAAUUGAACAAGUGGCCUUCACUGGUUCCUCAGUUAGAAACUGCACUUUCUGGUCUAUUUCAGAUUCUCAAGGCGACUGAGGUUAUUGCUGAUAGAUAAUAACUACUACAUUCUGCAAACUUUCAAAACACCUCCAGUGGGUCUACACACUUCAGUUCCUUUCAUAAUGAAUCAUAGAAGGCAAGAUGAAAGAAAUUAGCACUUUGUGAACAUUUUUUGUUUUUACAGGUACACUAAUUACAAGAUGCUCAAUAAUGAACUUGCAGUAAUGCAGAGAAACAAAUCUUUUUCCAUUAAGGUGAUUUCUCAUUAUUACUAACAUCAGUUUGCAGGUAAUAGUUAAUUAACAGGUUUCUUUGCCAGGUUUCCAUCUUAAACCUUUUUUUAACCUCAAUAACAAAACUCUGGUAUCCACAAGCAAAUCAGAUGGACUAAUGUGACCAACGUGUGGUUCAUUUUUGUAUGAAAACACUUUCUGAAUCCCUGUUCUCAACACAUCUGUGAGUUUGGGGCAACACAAGUUUACAAUGAAGUAAAUGAAGAGCGUAUUUUAUUCUAGAGGGGUAAUAACCUUUUAUCUCCAAACUGUCAACAGCCUGGUCUGUUACAGCCUGAUGGACUGUUGAUGGAUCCUGAGAAGGUUUCCUAACCUGAAAAAUAUUCAACCCUUAAAUAGAGAAUGGAAAUGGAAAUGGACAAAGUUGGAGUUACAUGGUUCUUAGAUAGCAAUAUCUAUUUGCCACCCAAAAAUCCAAUGUUGACAACAUUGAAUUUAAAAAGGAACUCUGAGUUUUAAUAACAAACAAUUUCUGAUUUUAAAUUUUGUCUUUGUUUGGAACAUGUGUAAGGUUGUGGGUUAAACAACAUGCAUGUUUUAAUAGCAACAAGGCCUUUUUUUAAAUGACAGAUAUUUUUAAAGUGAGCCUGUAGAUUGUUAUGGGUUUGUUCCAGUAUUAAUGUACACAAUACACUAUUUGAGUAUUUGUUGUCACGUCAGUUAAUUACAAAUAUUCGGUUUGUGGAAAACAGUUUUUACCAUAAUGCUUAACGAAAAACAAAGUAAAAUCAAAUCAAUUUUAAUAGUGUUACAAAUCAUGAGUUAAAGCUGCAGUAGGUAACUUUUAUAAAAAUAACUUUUUGUCAUAUUUGCUGAAAACUUUCACU